AUGGUUAUCGUCCUUCCACACAUCUUGCUGAUGCCAAAGUGGUUCGCCGUGAGACGAACGAACUUAAGUAUCACCUCAAAGGAGAAGGCUUGUCGUCGGGUUUCAACCCCAACGAUCCGGUGUGUGUCACUUUCUACUACUUUGGCCGAGGCGGAACGCCUCAACCACUGCAGUCCACACGUUGAGCAUGCCGAGCGCACUUUUACUGUGCGCGCCAUGGCCCCUUUCCCGGUCUCCUUCGAGGAGAGCGGGCAACGUCACUUAACUGUUUCAAGUUGGCAAGAAACUAAUAUCCUACCAGACGAUGUAACUGUCGAAUAUGAUGAGCAAGGAAACAGAAUAACCCGAACCGUCAAGACAUCACAAGUCAAGCAUACCGUUCAGAAACAAACCUUCCAGAACUACAUAGUCCCAGAGGACGGCUUCCAAGAACCUGUUGCCGUCGAACGAACUGGAGAACAAACGACACCUCUUGGACUCCAGAAGGAUGGACCUAUUGUUGAAACUCAUACUAGAACAUUAACCUACGAAGACAAAGCUCAAGAAGAUCAGAACGACGCUCUUGGCGAGUUCGUAUCUUCUAAGACUGUUACAUGUGGAAACAGAACCAUUGAAACUAUCACAUACAAAACUGAGAAGGAUGGCAUUAUCGAAACUCAUGUUGAGCAUCGUGUAACCAUUCAUUCAGAUGCUGCGAUCGACUACGACUCGGAACUCAGUCAGGCUAUCCAGGAAGCUACAAAGAUGAAUCCGGAUAUGACUGUUGAGAAGAUUGAGGUCCGACACGAAACAACCAACUAG